UCACAGCUUCUUGCAUCCCUGUACACAUUACAACAAUGUUCUUCAAGGUCGCGGUAUUUUCAUGCCUCUUGGCUCUGGUUUAUGGCAGUGUGCCAGUUGCCUACACAGCCCCAGUUGUCGCUGCCAAGCUUGAAGAAUUCGACUCCUUCCCCCAAUACCGAUUCGGAUACAACGUAGCCGACUCGCUUACUGGUGACUACAAGAGCCAACAGGAACAACGGGAUGGAGACCUAGUCCAAGGCUCAUACUCUGUCGUUGAACCUGAUGGCACUCGUCGUGUAGUGGAAUACGCUGCUGACUCAGUAAACGGUUUCAACGCAGUUGUUCGAAAGGAACCGUUAGUUGCUGCGGCCCCUGCCGUUGUAGCUGAGCCUAUCUCUGCCCGCUACGCUGCUGCUUCUGUUGCUGUCGCCGAACCUGUCGUUGCCGCCAAGGUAGCCGCUCCCGUUCAACCAGUUUUCGCCCGCUACGCUUACGCUCCAGCUGAAUACUACAGCAACGCUGCCGUUGCAGCAGCUAGAUACGCCGCUCAACCCGCUCCAGUUGUGGCAAGAUAUGCUGCUGCCCCUGUAGCCACUUCUCCAGUAGUUGCCAGAUACGCUGCUGCACCCGUUGCUGCUGCUCCUAUUGUUGCUCGAUAUGCUGCCGCACCUGUGUUGGCCAAAUACACGGCACCAGCUGCUUAUACCGCCUCUGUAACGUCUGCAUACACAGCUCCUGUGGCAGCUGCGCAAGUGUUCUCAGCUCGUUAUGCCGCACCUCUAGCUGCCUACAGUCUGCCAGCGUACACCCAAUAUGCUGUACCCGCAGCAUACACAGCGGCGGCGUCCGCUCGCCUCACUGCGCCCGCCCCAGUGGCAGCCGUAGCGCCUGCGCCUGCUAAGAUCGUUGAAAACGUCGCCGCCGGUUACAGAUACCCUUCAUACCCAUGGUUACAAGUGUGCUUCCAGGGAAGCAAUCCUGAUGCCAGCGCUGAUUCUAUCGCUGAUGUGGUCCUACAAGCAAUGGAACUCUAUAUCCCAUACUCUGUGGUUUCCAUUCGUGGUAAAUCUCGGCCAUGGUGUCUGGCAGAGUUGGUGAAAAGCUCACAUAACUGCCUUAUGGAACCCAAGCUUCUGGUCAUUAGUGAAAGCAUCUCAGCGAAACUUUUGCCAGCCCUCUUUGGAUUGAUUGUAGUAUUCAUCUGCGCGGUAGGCAUGGCCUCCGCUAGCAUUGGACCAGUACCAGUAGCAACCCGAGUUGAUCCAUUACCUCAAUACUCAUUCGGUUACGACGUGCAGGACGCUCUGACUGGGGACUACAAAGGGCAUCAGGAACACAGGAAUGGCGACCUUGUUACCGGUUCUUACUCAGUGGUAGACCCUGAUGGCACUAGAAGGAUAGUGGAUUAUGCCGCAGAUUCCCUCAAUGGUUUUAACGCUGUUGUCCGCCGUGAGCCAUUAGUUGCUGCAAAGUUCAUAGCUCCAGCGCCUGUAGCACCGGUGGCACCGGCGCCAGUGUUUGCUCCGGCACCAGCACCAUUUGUCGCCCGAGCCCCUGUGGCAGCUCCACUCUUUGCCCCCGCGCCAGCUCCCUACGUAGCCCGUGCACCCGCCCCAUACGUAGGCCCCGCUCCAUACGUAGCUCCCGCCCCUGUUCUAGCUCCUGCACCAGUGUACCCAGCACCCAUCGCUAGGGCACCCCUCUAUGCACCUGCACCCGCCCCUUUAUAUCCCCCCAGGCUAACUAGCCCCUACUACUGCAGUAGAGUUUUGUAUCCCGUCCAAUUAAAACUAAAAAUGGCUUUUAAGUUUGUUGUAUUGAGCUGUUUGGUGGCAGCCGUGAGCGCUGGUCUUCUGCCAGCUGCUCCUUUGGCUUACUCACACGCCGUUCAUGCUCCAGUCGCCUACGCUGCUCCUGUUGCCAAAGUUGUAUCUGCCGUCAACGAAUACGACCCCCAUCCUCAAUACAGCUUCGCAUACGACGUUCAAGAUGGCCACUCUGGUGAUUCCAAGAGCCAACAUGAAACUCGUGAUGGUGAUGUUGUCCAAGGUUCCUACUCUGUUGUAGACCCUGAUGGCCACAAACGUACCGUCGAUUACACUGCUGACCCCCACAAUGGUUUCAAUGCCGUGGUUCGCAGAGAGCCCCUCGCAGUCCAGGCUGUCGCCAAGGUAGCUGCCCCAGUCCAAUACCACGCGAGUCCAGUCCAAUACCACGAUGCUCCAGUUGCUUACGCUGCUGCCCCCGUCGUCCACGCUGCACCAGUAGCCUACUCUGCCCCUCUGUACCAUCAUUAA